CGAUCGAUUAAAACUGUAGAAAUGAAAUUGCUCGCAUAUUUUAUUUUUAAAAUCAGCAUCGCGCUGAUUUUAUUUUCGUCGUCUAUUUUAUGUGAAGAUAUUUCUCUUGCUGAUGACGACAUAAAAAGUGCUGAUCUACAAAUCAUUGGUAAAAUUUUAACAACUGAAGAGGGUAAAGAUUUUUUUGCAUUUCGUGGAAUACCAUAUGCUAAACCUCCAAUUGGUGAAAGGCGUUUUAAAGAUCCUGAACCGUAUGGAGAAUGGGAAGGUUUAUUAGAUGCUAGAAAAGAUAGAAAUCUAUGUCCACAAAAUAUGUAUAAUGAAUUUAAUUUAACAAUGUCAGAAGAUUGCUUAACAUUAAACGUUUAUACAAAAUCUCUGGAAGAUAAUAAACCCGUAUUGGUUUAUAUACAUGGUGGUGGUUUUAAAUAUGGUACAGGAAACAGUUUAAUUUAUAAUCCAAAAUAUUUGCUAGAUGAGGACAUUGUUUUCGUUAUAUUUAAUUAUAGAUUAGGACCAUUUGGAUUUCUUUCAACUGAUUCUAAAGAGGCUACUGGAAAUUUUGGUUUUAAGGAUCAAGUUUUGGUAUUAAAAUGGGUUCGUGAUAAUAUCAAAGGUUUUGGUGGUAAUCCCGAUUUAAUAACAUUAAUUGGACAUAGUGCCGGUGCUAUAUCUGCUACACUUCACAUGGCAUCACCAAUGUCAAAAAAUCUUUUUCAUAGAGUAAUUGCAUUGAGUGCUUCUUCAACACAUCAUUGGAAAGGUCAAAAUUCACAUUUAACUCAAACUUUGGCAGAAUCUGUCAAUUGUCCAGUAAAUGAUAGUAAGGAAUUAGUUGAAUGUUUACGUAAAAAACCGUGGGAAGAUAUUAUAGAAGCAUGUUCAAAAUGGGAUGAAAAUGGAUUAGCAGAUUUAGAAUGGAAUGUUGAACUUGAAAAAGAUUUUGGUCAGGAGCAAUUUAUUAAUGAAAAUCCAUCAGUAUUAUAUAGAAAUGGGAAUUUCUUCAAAAUACCAGUAAUUAUAGGAACAACAAGAGAUGAAUUUGCAGAUCAAGGUCAUAAAAUUAUUUUAGACACAUAUCUUUUGAAUGAAUUUAAUGAAAAUUUUAAUAAGGUAGCACCAAAUUGCCUUGGUUAUAAUUAUUCUGAUGUAGAAGAAUCAAAGACAAUUAGUGAACGUUUAAGAGAUUUCUAUUUCAAAGAUCAAAGAAUUGGAGUUGUAACCGAAACAAAUUUAAGUAAUUUAUUUAGUGAUGCUUUAAUUAAUCAUGGCGUUCAUAGAUUUGUACAAUUGGCAAGUCAACAUAUUGAUGUUUACUUCUAUAGAUUUGAUUAUAAAGGCCGUUAUACAUGUUCAUAUAGUAAAAGUUAUGGUGAACCAUUUUAUGUUUAUCAUGGAGAUAUUCUUUUUUAUCUUUUCGUUUAUCCUUAUUGUGCACCAGAAUUUAAAAAAGAAGAUCCUGAAUAUUUAGUGAUGAAGAAAUUUAUUAAAUUUUUAAAAAAUUUUGCACAAUCCGGCAAUCCUAAUGGUGAUAAGAGUAAAGAUGAUGAAUCUUAUUGGACACCGUCUACAAAAGAAAAUAUAAAAACUUACUAUAUUAAUGAAAUUUCAAAAGUUGAUGAACCACCAUAUCAAGACAGGCUUACCCUUUGGGACGAAUUAUUUCCAAUCAAAGAAAAUAACUAAGAUUUGCUUAAGUUAAA